CAGACCCAGAGACAAAACGUCUCGGGGUCCCGCGCCCAGACUGCGGGGGCCUAAAACGGCAGCGACCCGACCUCAAGCGGGAUAUUUCAGCAGCUCAGGGCUCUUCGGGCGUUUUGCAAAGUCUUCCUGGAGCGAAGGAGCGCCGGUGCGGAGACCAACUCCCGCCCAGCCGCCCAGCUCCGCUCCGCCCGCCGCCGCCUCCAGAGCCCCCAGCGCGCCCCCACCAGACACACACACACACACACACACACACACACACACACACACACACACACACACACACACACACACACACACACACACACACACACACACACACACACUCACUCACUCACUCACUCUCUCUCUCUCUCUCUCUCUCACACACACACACACACGCACGCACGCACGCACGCACACACACACACCACCCCCGGCGCGCCGGCGCUACCAGCGAGCGGCGGCGUGCAGGACUUGAAGUGGGUGUUCUUCCCCACUCCCCCGCCCCGGUCGCCUGCCCCCUCCCUCUCGCUCCUACGCAAAUAAGAACUCGGCGAUUCCCCUCCUGCAGCUUUGAUUUCGGGCACCUCCACCAGAUAAUUGGGAAGGGUUUCCAGAAGGUGGGAAAUGUCACCUGAUUCACACUGAACUUUUAGAAGCUCCCCACCCCCAAGGAGCCGCGCACACCCUCGCUCGCGGCCGCCCUCCCACUGCCCCACACACUGGGAGACCGCCCACCGCAAACCGCGGAGACCCCCGUCUAGAUUUAAAGCGCGGCUGCGCCCGGCUUCUGACGUCCAUUGAAUCGCGCGGGCGGCCGGCGGCGAGCGCGGGGCUGCGCCGGGAUCGCUGCGCCCUCCGCCGCUCGCCUCUGUGACGCGCGCCGCUUGCCCGAGCCACCCGCCGCCGCGCCCGCUCCCCGCGCCGCCGCGCUCCUCGCCCCGCGCCUGCCCCCAGGAUGGUCCGUCCCAGGCACCAGCCCGGCGGGCUCUGCCUCCUGCUGCUGCUGCUCUGCCAGUUCAUGGAGGACCGCAGUGCCCAGGCUGGGAACUGCUGGCUCCGCCAAGCAAAGAACGGCCGCUGCCAGGUCCUGUACAAGACAGAACUGACCAAGGAGGAGUGCUGCAGCACCGGCCGCCUGAGCACCUCAUGGACCGAAGAGGACGUAAAUGACAACACGCUCUUCAAGUGGAUGAUUUUCAAUGGGGGCGCCCCCAACUGCAUCCCCUGUAAAGAAACGUGCGAGAACGUGGACUGUGGGCCCGGGAAAAAAUGCCGAAUGAACAAGAAGAACAAACCCCGCUGCGUCUGCGCCCCAGAUUGUUCUAACAUCACCUGGAAAGGCCCAGUCUGUGGGCUGGACGGAAAAACCUACCGCAACGAAUGUGCACUCCUCAAGGCCAGAUGUAAAGAGCAGCCGGAACUGGAAGUCCAGUACCAGGGCAAAUGUAAAAAGACCUGUCGGGAUGUUUUCUGUCCAGGCAGCUCCACAUGCGUGGUGGACCAGACUAAUAAUGCCUACUGUGUGACAUGUAACCGCAUUUGCCCAGAGCCCACCUCCUCUGAACAGUAUCUCUGUGGGAAUGAUGGAGUAACCUACUCCAGUGCCUGUCACCUGAGAAAGGCUACCUGCCUACUGGGCAGGUCUAUUGGAUUGGCCUAUGAGGGAAAGUGUAUCAAAGCAAAGUCCUGUGAGGAUAUCCAGUGCACUGGUGGAAAAAAGUGUUUAUGGGAUUUCAAGGUUGGCAGAGGCCGGUGUUCCCUCUGCGAUGAGCUGUGCCCUGAGAGUAAGUCUGAGGAGCCUGUCUGUGCCAGUGACAAUGCCACCUACGCCAGCGAGUGUGCCAUGAAGGAAGCGGCCUGCUCUUCAGGCGUGCUGCUGGAAGUGAAGCACUCCGGAUCUUGCAACUGAAUCUGCCCGUAAAACCUGAGCCAUUGAUUCUUCAGAACUUUCUGCAGUUUUUGACUUCAUAGAUAAUGGUGUUUUUUUUAAAGUUUUUUUUAAACUUAUUGCAUAACAGCAGAUGCCAAAAACAAAACAAAAAAAGCAUCUUACUGCAAGUCACAUAAAAAUGCAACGCUGUAAUAUGGCUGUUUCAGAGGGCUUUGAAAACGUACACUGAGCUGCUUCUGCGCUGUUGUUGUCCAUAUUUAAACAGCAGCUCCCCUGUAUUCCCCCAUCUAGCCAUUUCGGAAGACACCGAGGAAGAGGAGGAAGAUGAAGACCAGGACUACAGCUUUCCUAUAUCUUCCAUUCUAGAGUGGUAAACCCUCCACCAAUGUUCAGUGUUGACAUAGCCUUUGGGCAAAAAAAAAAAAAGAAAGAAAAAGAAAAAAUAUAUUGUCCAUACUGUAAAUAAGUGUAUGCUUAUUUAUUUGGGGGGAAAACUAUACAUAAAGGACCUUUGUCCUAAAGCUCUCUCCCAGGCCACCUUGUUACUCAUUGGACCCGGAGAGGCAGUCAUUGUGAGGUCUACUGGAUGAGGCCCAUAGUUGAGACUUGUAGACAUUUAUUUAUACUGUGUCAUGUUUUAUAAUUUAUACAUAAAAUGUCUGGUUGACUGUACACCUUGUUUUUGAAGAAAUUUAUUCGUGAAAGGAAGAGCAGUUGUUAUUUAUUGUGAGGUCUCUUGCUUGUAAAGUAAAAGCUUUUUUUUUUCCUUGUAAACCAUUUAAGUCCAUUCCUUACUAUUCACUCACUCAUCUGUCUCCCUUCAUUUCACUGUUAUUAGACUCCUUUCCAUUAUAACAAACUUGCAUGUCAGUUUCUGUCAUGUUUAUUUAUUGGAUUCUCUGCUGCCUGUUCUGUACAUACGUGAUCCCUCGGGUUUUGUUUACAAGGAAUCUUGACUGACCAAAAGGCAUUAUAACUCUGACUCAGAUAGAAGGUACAGAGGAUACAUCUUUGAGGAAAUUCCUACUUCCGUUCUCUUGUUGUGAUGAAGACAUUUGUGAGAGGGGCUGAUAGCAAUGUUGGGUUUCUAAUAAUGUACUUUUAAGAUGUUACAGAUCCAAAGAAAUUGAGUGAUAUGGGUGUCAGGAGCCUGAAGGAAGGGGAAUGCUACACAUUCAACCUUUUGUUAGGUGUUUCCUUUAAGCUAGUCUGCUGUACCUUUUAAAUUAGUCCUUUUCACCCAAUGUGUCAUGAAAAGUUAUAUCAAAGCUUUAUCAGUUCAAGUUUCUUGCUUUUCAUAAUACUUUUUUCUGAUGCAAUUUUAUAUUUUCAAACAUGGCAAGUUAAAUAUAAAUUCAUUUAAAUAUAUAGUUUUGUACUUUUCUACCAUGUAAAUGUGCAAUGUAUAUAAAAGUUAUAAUGUGUAUUUGUAAAUAAAUGAUGAGUGAAAAAAUAAAAAAAUUUU